GUGUCCAUGUGAUUUAUCACUGAAACCUAAUUGUUAUUUAAGGCUGUUUUUUGAUUUUUCAGGUUAACGUAUCGGUUUAAUAAAACACGGUUAAGAUGUAUGGAAAUAUCUGGCAACCCAUCCAAAAUGACGCGCAUUCUGUGUGAUACAGUUAUGGGGAGAGCCGAGAGGAUUUCAGUGUCGCGUUUUUUCCUGCGCCUAGUGGAGCGAUAACCGAAUGGAAAGCGCAGCUGCUGGCGUUUUAUGGCUCAGAUCUGCUGCGUGAACAUCUGACCGUGUCUCUGCAGACGGAUCUUCCGCUUUAGGCCUGAUGGAGCUGGGAACACGACGAGUGUCUCACGGAGAAGAUCCUGAUCUAAGCCCGUCCUUCAGCAGGGAGUCCUGAAAAGCGGGUAUCGUUCUGAACCCUUCCCCUUCCCUUUUCACCAAAUACAACCCCAUCCUGUCUGGCACAGGAGCAUCCCUGGCUCCUUUUCGGGCCUCAAAAUGAUUGGCAAACUGAAGCAAAACUUGCUGGUGGCCUGUUUGGUCAUCAGCUCUGUGACAGUGUUUUAUCUGGGUCGGCAUGCAAUGGAGUGCCACCACCGUGAAGAGCGAAGCCAGCCACUGCUGGGCAGCCUGCAUGCUACGUUGCGCACUGGACAGAACAUCAGCGCCCCCUUUGUUUACAAUAAGGACAUGCCGCUGAUCUUCAUCGGAGGCGUGCCUCGCAGUGGAACCACACUUAUGAGGGCCAUGCUGGACGCACACCCGGACGUUCGCUGCGGUGAAGAGACACGUGUCAUCCCCCGCAUUCUGGCCAUGAAGCAGAUGUGGAGCCGCUCGGGACGUGAGAAAAUGCGCCUAGACGAAGCUGGUGUUACAGAUGAGGUGCUAGACUCUGCUAUGCAGGCCUUCCUGCUAGAGAUCAUAGUGAAGCACGGAGAGCCAGCCGCUUACCUGUGCAACAAAGACCCGUUUGCUCUCAAGUCCCUUUCGUACUUGGCAAAGAUUUUCCCGCGCGCCAAAUUUAUUCUUAUGAUCCGUGAUGGCAGAGCCUCCGUCCACUCCAUGAUCUCUCGCAAAGUGACCAUCGCUGGCUUUGAUUUAAACAGCUACCGGGACUGCCUUACAAAGUGGAACCGGGCCAUAGAGACCAUGUACACUCAGUGUUUGGAGGCAGCGGACAAGUGUCUGCCGGUGCACUACGAGCAACUCGUCUUGCAUCCGGAGAAAUGGAUGCGGACGCUGCUGAAAUUCCUAAACAUUCCUUGGAAUGAAGCUGUUCUGCAUCAUGAGGAGCUCAUUGGGAAAGCAGGAGGUGUAUCGCUCUCCAAGGUGGAACGCUCCACGGAUCAGGUGAUCAAGCCAGUCAAUGUGGAGGCAUUGUCCAAGUGGGUGGGGAAAAUGCCAGUGGACGUACUGAGGGACAUGCCUGUCAUCGCACCGAUGCUCGCCAGACUGGGCUACGACCCCCAUGCUAACCCACCCAACUAUGGUCGCCCUGACCCACGUGUUCUGGACAACACUAGAAGGGUAUUUAAAGGUGAAUUUCAGCUACCUGACUUUCUUAAAGAGCAAUCACAGCUACAAAAGUCUUCAGAGAAGCCAAACUCGAGUUAGGAGAAGAGGGAAAAGAAGGAGUUACGACAACCAGACAAGACAAAACAGGAACAGAUGCAGCAGGACCAUGAUGUUCUCAUAUAAACCCUACUGGGACCUCUGUGCUCUUUCACUCACUCAGACUGUUUCACCUGCAAAUAAACACGCACGCACACACACACACACACACACACACACACACACACACGCACACACACACACACACACCUCACCUCCAACACAAAUUCUCUGGCUCAUGGGCCUGGACCACUAUAUGGAGAACUUUUGGCCUUUAAUGUUGUACUGUAACAAUUGUGGCCUACAAAUGUCAUUGCUAUUCUUUCCAUUCUUUUUUUUUUUUUUUUUUGGAUUUUAUUUUUUUGGUCACAUGAUAAUCAUCUGACUUUUUUUUUCCUGGCUACAUAAAUCUGUGAUUCUGUUAUAAGAAAAUACAGUGACUAGCAAAGGAAGUAUUUAUGGAAGAAACUUAGCUUUUGAAGAUGCAAUAUCUAUUUUGAUGUUCGGUUUUAUUUCCAUGCCUUUGUAUUGUGCAAUUCCUCUGAUACACGUGUACGAGAUGACAGUUUGGAGGCGUUGGCGGUGGUAAAUACAGAAUUGCAUUUUGUACCAUCAUUCACGAGUAUGAACUUUUGUACACAGAGAAAUGUAAUAAAUGAAUUGUCAGUGUUGAA